CCCGUUGGUCGAAUCACAUUUUAAAUUUCGGCGCGCGCCCCUGGUCCAAAACGAAAGAGCCGGAGGAGCUGACGAGCCGCUUCACCGUAAACCGUCUCCCGCUACACCUCAGGAUCCUCCCCGGGAACACGCAGCAGGAUGUCCGAAGAAAAGCCAAAGGAAGGAGUGAAGACGGAGAACGACCACAUCAACCUGAAGGUAGCCGGUCAGGACGGGUCGGUGGUACAGUUCAAAAUCAAGAGGCACACUCCGCUCAGCAAACUAAUGAAGGCAUACUGCGAAAGACAGGGUUUGUCAAUCCGACAGAUACGGUUUAGGUUCGAUGGACAGCCGAUUAAUGAAACGGACACACCUUCACAGCUGGAGAUGGAGGAUGAAGACACUAUUGAUGUAUUUCAACAACAGACAGGAGGCGUCGGUUCUUAAGUGUAAUGUGGACUCUGCUCCUGGAAGAACAUCCACACCAUAUUUUCAUGCUAUAUUUGUUUAUUUUUGUUAUUUCUUUUUUUUCACUGUGCUUUGCUAACAGUGUUGUUCACAAAAUAACUUUUUUUUUGGAAGCCAAAUCGUGACUUUUAGCUGUUUUAUUCACAAAUUAAUAAUUAAAAAUGUUCAAUUUUAAAUCAGAUAUGGCUUUCAAUAAAAAAACAAAACCUGACAUCCUGCAUGUCACAGGAAUCAACCAAAAUCUUUUUCUUUUCCUUUUUUUCUUGCGCACAUUCAAAUUCAGGCUGGACUUAUUUUAAUUUAUGUUCUGAUAAACUGUUUCAUCGGAGGUAAUGAUUGUCUCCAGAGAUUGGAAAGCUCUUAUGACAUGUUUCUAAUGUAAUAAACCUUCCGUAGUGUUAUUUUUAAGCAACAAUUAAAAUAAUUUCAUAAA